AGUCAUAUUGCCUCUGUCAGCUGCCACUGGCACACACAAAGGUGCAAUGAAACAUUGCUUUUUUUAAAAUUUUGAAACUCUAAAUUCUUAAUGUUCACUGUGUUUGACUCAGUCUCUACUGAUAUGCACUCCCACCAAUUGCUUUGCCCUUGUCUUACUUGAUUCCCCACUUUUCAUUCCCGGCUCUGUCUAUUUCUGUCCCUCGCUGAGUCAGAUGGACAUCUCCCAACUUAGAAUGACACAAACAGGCGGACCGACUACCAAUUCAGAGUGGCUCAAAACAUCAGGAGGACUCUAAAAAACAAUACUUGAAGUUGAAAAGAGAAGAUUUGGGGGAAAUUACCAAGAUGGACGAAUGUGAGAGUCUGUAUUCGGAGAUGACGGAGCUGCAGGAGUUUCAGUGUGAAGCUUCAGAUGUCAUGAGCCAGGAUGAUGAAGAUGAAUUGGAAGAACUACAAAACAGUCUCCGAGAAGUUGUCCAGGACCCAUCGGUGAAGCCCAAGCUCCAAUGCCUAAUGGUGGAUCCGUCGUUCUCGAUGGUAACAGUUCAGAGCGAGGACAGUGGUAUUGUUUGGGAGACUGCCUCUAGCCGCUGCUCUACUCCGUGGGCCUCUGAGACGAGCUCCACCUCUGAAGCUUACAGCAUGGAGGGCUCUGGAGCUGCAGGAAAGAUCACCAUCGUCUUUGAUGAGGAGAAAGUAGUCCGCAGGAGGACGAGGUCUGGAGGAAGAAGCAGUAGGCUCGGGGACAGGCUGAGCCGACCUGGUAGCUCAAGAUCGGCUUCAGCUCUAGGAGUGGAGAGACCGGAGAUGGCAGAGGUUUCACUUCCCAAUGUCAAGCAGGAAAACAGCAAAACAGAGACGGACUUGGAGGAAAUCAAAAGCAAAGAUCAGCAGCUUUUUAGUUUGAUUUCAGAGGGCUAUGAGAUUCUUAACAUUAGAGUCCCCUCUAAACUACCCACUGUGGACGAGGAGGAGAGUACAGAGCUGCAGGACAAUUUGUCUUAUCUGGAUCAGACUCCAAAGAUCAAGUCUCAUAAUCACAUUGAGUGGAUGUUGCAACAUAAUCAAGUCCUGCCAGAGGGGGAGGAAAUACUGGAACACCAGGAGUCCUCAAUGCAAGAUUCUUCUCAGCCAUCAGCAGACACAGAGCGUGGACACACACCCACUCAGAGAGAAAGCACCAGUGACAUUGACUAUUUCGAGAAGUUUACCCUUUUGGAUGUGGUGGCUCCUGGAGAACAAGCAGAGCUGCAGGAGGAGUUUAAACAGCCUGCAGCAAAACUCCAAGCUGAGGAACAAAAGCCUGCUGGAGAAACAGCCACAGGCGCCCCCUCUGCAUCUGAGGACUCUUUCGUGUUUGUUUCGGACGUAGAUAUAGUUGGGGAACACCUUGAUGAGGUCUUCUAUGGAGAAGGACUUCCUGCUGAUGCACUACAUCAGAGAGAAGAGGACAAGACUGAAAGCCGAGGAGGGAUGAGAAGCAGACGAGAAAGCCAGAGGUCAAUGAAGGGGAGCGGAUCAGUGUUGUUUGAGAGUGAAGAGACCACUCUCACGCCCAUCUUUAUCUCUCCUGGACCUCCUAAGAUCAUUGACCCGAUCCUGCUGGAGGAGCCCACUGCCAUGUCCUUCAUGUACUCUGACCUUUACGAGGAUGCUGUGGGUGAGAGGAGGAAGAGUGAUGAGGAAUACUCUGAGGCAGAGAGCGUGGCAUCUGAGAAGUCUUACAGGAGACGUUUGUCAGAUUCAGAGGAGGCACAUGGGUACCUGGAGAAGUUCAUUUUAAAAGACGAAUCUCAUACGCUGGAUGUUCAACCAGAGCCGGUGGCCAGUGAGAGCGAAGGAAGGAUGAUGUGGCCGCAGAGUAAGUUUGAAAUGACAGGAUGUUUAAUACGAGUGCCAGAAGAAGAAAAGAAAGAAAAGGUAAAGAAGGAGGAACCAGAGGUGCAGGAAGUGCAACUCUCUGAGGCUACUCAGGAGGAGACUAUUGGAGUGACCUCGGAAGAUUCAGGUCAAGAGUCUAAACCACCAGAGAAAAAAAUGGAAGAUCAACAAAUGAAGCUUGAAGAUAAGACAGACAAGACCGAGUCUUCUGAGUGCAGCUCAGAAAAGCCACUUCCUGAAACUCCCCAGGUGGACUGUAAAGUAGACCACACACAACAGAGUGAGGGUCAUCAGAGAGAAGAAGAAAAAAAGUGUGAGCAAAGCUGCACUGAACCUGAGCAUGGCUGUGAGGAGGUGUUAGAAAAGACUGAUGAGAAGACACCUGUAGUGCGUGCAGAUAUAGAAGCACCUGUAAGCAGCGAGGUGCCUCCUGCGGUCAAUAUAUCUGAAGUACAAGCAGAAGCCUGGAAGAUGAGUUUGUCUGAGGAGGUUGUUUCUGACACCAAAAUAGAGUCUGCUGAUGAAGAACUAGUAACCAAAGCAGAGGACUUAGCUGAAGGGAAGGAACCUGAGACUGUAACACAGGAAACGUUCACUCUGACUGAACCCUCGGCUCAAACACCAGCGUCACAGCACAAAGAAGCCAAAGAUGUUGGACCCGUUGAGGUUAUCACAGACUGUGAUGCUGCAGUGCACACUGUUGUGGAGGUAACGGAAAAAGCAGUGAAUGAAAAAGAGAUUCAAACCCAAGUUUGUGUUGAUCUUCAGGAAGUGAGAAGUAUUCCUGAAGGACACGAACCUCUGACAGGGGAAACUACUGCUGAGGACAAGUUGGAUAAAGAAGGGUUAGAGGUCACAGCCACGUCCAUUGAAGUAACCAAGCCUGUUUCAGAAGCAGUCAUGACAGAUGCAGAUGAGAAACUUCAUGCAACCCUUAAAACUCAGCAGAAGCAACAAGACAUGGCUGAUGGUGAAUCAGACAAAACAAACUCUAAAGUACCCGCAGAGACCAGUAGGACUUUGGUUCAAGACAUAGUGACCGUAGGUGAUGAGCUAAUCCUCCUCGUCCCCAAAGGAGAAGCUGUAGAGAUGGAUGUAGAGAUCAGCCAGUGGUCAGAGAAAGAUACGGUUCCUCUCCCUGAGUCUAACAGCACAGCUGAACUUCAGGCACCAGCAGAAGAAACAAUGAUGGAGCCUGAAGUCAAAGUAGAACCAGAAACCUCUGCAGAAGAACAAACCAGGAAUGAUUUCGAUAUGGACUAUUCGCCACCUGCACCUGUAGAGGAAGCUGACUCCAAGGAGGCGAAGAUUCAGAGACCCAUAGAAGAAGACAAAAUCAUCUUUACUCCCCAAGAGGAUUCAUAUGAAGUCCACAGAGAGGAAAUACAUCCUGAACAAACAGUCGUAGAACAGAUGGCAGAGAUUCACGAGAUGGAAGAAACGAGCGUUAUUAAAGCAGAUCUAGUUCCACAUGUUGAUCUGCACAGAGAGGAUGUUGAGCAACAAAUGGAGCAAGAUUGGGGAUUAGCAGAGCGCCCAGAUGUGCCUGAUGUUGAGAUGGAAUAUGAAGUGAUUUCUAAACAGGAUGCAAAGGAGAUGCCAGAACCUGAAACACAGAGAGAUGUGGCUGGGCUAUUACCACAGCCUACUCUGAAGAAAGAAGAGGAUGAAGAGAUGGUGGUAGAGAAGGUAGAUUAUUUCCCAGAAGAAGAAGAAGAAGAAGAAAUGAUUGAGGCCGACUAUGAAAUAAUCGACGCAGAGGAGGAAAUGCAGGCCCAGUUAGCUGCUGAGCUACAGGCGAUGGACUGGUUCUGUCUCACCUGUGGACUUCUGAUGUCAGAGAAAGACUGCAUGUCUGGAGAGCAUCACAGCCACGAUGUGACUGCCGUGGAUACGGCUUACGAAGAAAUAAAGGAGUCGCUGAGUGGUUUGAUCUCAGAGCUUCAGGAGAGAUCGGAGAACAUCGAGGACUUGGUGUCAGAGCUGGAGCUUGCCUACAACUCUGUGGAGGAUCAGUUCAUAGAGAGCGAGGCGGCCAUGAAGGCUCAGAACAAGGAGAUGAUGGAUGUGGUGAUGGAGCAGUACAAUAACAUGUCUGUCAGCAUGGAGGAGGAAAAGAAGACCAAGCUGGAGCAGCUUUAUGAUCAGAUUGUCUCCUUCCAGGAGAGCAUUGACUCGGCCAAGGCCAUUCUGGAGACCGCAAGCAGAGAGGCUGAGACUGAGGCCAGCUCGCCUGAAGACAUUCAUGCAAGACUUACAGCAGCUCUGGAUUCAGCCUCGACAAUGGAGCUGGGUCCCAAGGGACUGCUGGUGUUUGAGGACUAUGCCAAGGCCAACACUUCAAGCUCAAACCUCGCUCAGCGAAAAGGAAUCCCAGUGCCCCAGAAGCCGACACUGCUGCCGCAGGAGCCGGGCUCAGCCACCAGCACCAGCGUCACAGUUUACUGGAAAGUCAACCCUGGAGAUAUCAUAGACUGCUUCCAGGUCUACUGCAUGGAAGAUCCACAGGGUGCUGUGUCAGAGGAGUACCGUGUGACAGUAAAGGAGAGUUACUGUGUCCUGGAGGACCUAGAAUCUGACAAGAUGUACAAGGUUUGGGUGAUGGCUGUCAACUAUACAGGCUGCUCUCUGCCCAGCGAGAGACUCACCUUCAGAACUGCUCCUUCAGUGCCAGUGAUUGACACAGAGCGCUGCAGCAUCCUGUGGGAUUCAGCUACUCUGAGGUGGAGCUCAGCAGAACGGGCUCCUGGACAGAGUUACACUUUGGAGUACUGCCGACAGUAUGAACUGGAAGGAGAAGGGCUCAGAUCCAUCUCAGGUAUCAAAACCUGUGAGCAAAAGAUUCUCCUGCAGCCCAGUGAGAAUUACCUGUUUUACAUCAAAGCUGUGAACGAGGCUGGGGCCAGUGAACAGAGCGAGGCUGCACUCGUUUCCACAAAAGGGACGAGGUUCCACCUGCUGAAGGCAUCAGCUCAUCCUGCUCUCCAGCUCUCAGAGAACCAGACCACUCUGCACUAUUCCCAGGAUGCACACAAAACCGCCUCGCUCACAGACACACAGUGUCCAUCCAUCCUUGGUGAGCUGCUGCCAGCACGAGGGAUCUAUUACUGGGAAACCAGCGUGUCACAAAGUACGGCCUACAGGCUCGGAGUGGCAUACAGCACAGCCAACAGAAACAGCUCAGUGGGGGAAAACAGCCUGUCCUGGUGUUUGCAGUGUACUCCCUCACCAUCAGGUUUCAGGUAUCAGUUACUCCAUAAUGACAUUCAGUCCAGCGUGUUUGUAACUGAGACGCCUGACAGAGUGGGCACUCUCCUGGACUACCAGCUCAGUCGUCUGUCUUUCUACAAUGCCCAAAGCGGUCAGUUAUUAGGCACCUUCAGACAGAACUUCACUCAGCCAUGCCAACCCGCUCUGGCUUUGGAGUUGCCUGGCAGCCUGGAGCUCAGCAUGGUGCCGAUGGUGCCGGAGUUUACCAAGGACAGCUAGCUCUGCUAGUAGCCUAACACAGUGGAGAGUUUACAGGUCACGAUGGACUCUUAAAAUGUUGAAGAAUAAUGUAGAAGAGAUGAUUCCUCUAAAGCUAAUAUAUGGGUUUGUGUGUUGUUAGCUGAUGGAAGAACGAUCACUUCAAGCAUCCUUGAGUUUCUUGAAAGGUGGAAUACAAAUCGAAGUUAUUAUUAUCAGUACUUCAACCACAUAAAGCUUUAAAAGCUAGUUUUCUGCAAUUGAAUUCAAAUUAUAUCUGUAUCUAGGUAAAAAAAAAAUACCUAAAAAGGACACUGUCAAUUUAAAAAAUAGAGGUUCUAUUUCAUAUAAAUGGAUUUAAAUUAAGUGCUUUGAUUUAUUUCCCCCAUUGAUGAGCGUGAAUGAAAAAUGAAAUGUGAAAAAUGUUAUAAUUCUGAACAUGUGACAAUCUUUUACUGUUUUUGUAGACGUUUUUCUAAUUUCUAAUUUCACCCUGUUCAUUCAAUCCCUUCAUCACAGAUGCUGUUAGUAAAUGCUCUAAUAACAUAUAGACGUUCGAACACAACCACUGCAUAAUUAGUCCUUUAACAAAUUAUUACUCAUGGUUUUUUUGAUGGUUUUUUUUGUCACCACAAAGUUUUGGACUGAGUUUGUGUCUCCAAACAUACACUGUGGCACUUUUUAAACUGUUUCAUAAUGUGAAUAUGUUUGUUUUGUGUAAAUAACCUUUUUAAAGAGAUGCAAUCAGUUCUUUGUUUCUUAUGUGCGAGUGUCAACAAAUGUAGAUCAGCUGUUUUUCUUCUUCUGUCUUGUAAAAACGGAUUUCUCUGGUCUGAAAGAACAUGAUUAUUUUUCUAUCUCCUCAACUGAACUAAUUGGUUUGACUCAUUUACCAUCCAGCCAUCCUCCCCUUAUCAGGUUCAGGGUUUGAUGAAGCCUGUCUCAGCUGUCACAGAGAGGCAGAGUACACCCUGGACAGGACACCAGUGUGUUGCAGGGACUGUCGGAGGAAGCUCCACAUAAACUCCGCAUAGAAAGGACCCCUUCAUUUGAACCAAGCACCUCUGUGCUGCAGAUGUGUUUUGACUCAUUUUCCUAAUAAUAUGUCACCACUAGGGGGCCUUGGUGCUCCGUUAACUGUAUUACUGUCUUUUUAAAAAUAACUGUAAACCUGAUCUGAACCAAAUGACCACAAAAAGAAACUGAAAUCUAAUUAUUUUCCAGACAAGCUUUUUUUCUUUUUUGGUGUUUGUCCUAAAGAUCGUAUUUCCACCCAUGUAUUUGUUACUCCAUUUAGACUUUCAAAUCCCCUUUUAUAAGCAGGUUUGUGAGCCACAAGCGGUCAUCACAGUUACAUGCUUUUGGAGAGGACAUUCGCAGUUAUUGCGUCAUUAUUUUCCAGGCAAUCACACCCUUUCCCCCUUCUCGCUCACCUCUGACACCUUUUAUCAUUUCUGGGAAAAUGGAAAGAGGGAGGGAGCAGAAAUGUGGAGGGUACACACAUGCAACACAUCAGUGACCAGAUGCUCCAUGUGAUGUACUGGACUCUUCGGCUGGAACUUGGAGAAAAGCCCUCUGAAGAGGGACAGCCUUCCUGUGGUGGACAACACUCUGCUGGAGCCACCAGAUUUUUCUUGAUGCUAUUUAAUAUUACUUGACAAACAUAUUGUUCCAGCACAGAAAGGUAGAAGAAGAAGACUGAAAUUUCUAACAGAUCCAAAAUGUGGUAUUUAUUUCCAGCUACUGCACCCGCUUCCCAAACCAUCCAGGAGAAAUCUGAGCAGGAUACUCGCCUUCAUGUGACUGACUUGGACAAUACCUGGAGUCAAGUAUGCGUCGCUUCCUCUCAGCUUUCUCUGCGAUUAAUUUUUUCCAGGCUGAAGGCCAAAACCAGACAAAGAGCCCUCUAUCCUCCCAACAUCUAAACAAAUGAUCACACAGUCAGAGAGGUACAGCAGGCAACAGAGAAAUUUUCUGUAAUUGUUACUGGAAAAACCCAAAAGCAUGCCUUGAUGCGUUGGCUUGGUUUAAGGAUGGAGGAAAGAUCAGCAUUCAGAAAUUAAACAGGAUGGCGAGA